UUGGGUCUAAUCUUAUCUAUAGACUAGAGGUCCAAAACUGCAAAAAUUUCACCAUUUUGUGGUUACAAUUAACGUUUCUAAAUUCCCAGUGUGAGUUUUCAGAGCUGUGGUUAGGCAUUAUUUGAAUCUGUUGUGACAAUUUUCACAUUAUCGGAAAAAAUUAUUUGUUAAUGGAGUGUUGAAUUUGUGCUUUGCUUUCAUAAGUUGGUAUUCUUUUGCAGGUUAUUAUUUACUAUAAUUCAGAGUAUUUAUUGAUUUAUAUCUACGAUUAAGAUGCCUGGCAUCAAUGGAGGAGAGGGGGUGGCGACUGACCUGAUUGGCAAUUCAUCACCUUUUAAGGAAAAGGUAGCUCCCAAUAGGUCCCCGAGGAGUCCUUUGAGUCCAGGAAGUCCUCGGAGUGAGGCUCUUGAUCCCCAUUUGGAUGGUGCUGUUGACACCUCUAUAGAGCAGUUGUAUGAGAAUAUCUGUGAAAUGCAGAGCUCCGAUCAAUCACCGUCAAGGCGUAGCUAUGGAUCUGAUGGUGAUGAAUCAAGGAUUGAUUCAGAGCUGCACCAUCUAGUUGGGGGAGAUAUGGGAGAGGCGGAGAUAAUGCAGGAUGAGGAGAAGGAAAAUGGUUCUGUGGAAAAGAAGUCUGGCAAGUUGGGUAAUACCCAGUCGACCAGUCCCAAGUCUGCUAAAUCUGCUUCUUCAGUAAAAUCGAAGAAACCAACUAAAUUGAAUCCUAAGAGCAAAAAAUCAAACAAGCCUCCUAUUGACAAACGUGGUGAUAACAAUUCAGCAAAAUCAAAUACUGGAGUUGUUUCAUUGAAGAAGCAGAGGGACUCUGCUUUGGAAGUGUCAAAAUCACAGAAGGGAGCUGAGGAUACAUCUGAAGCAGGGUCAGAAAACCUAGAGCUUGGGCCUUUUCUUCUUCAACAGGCAAGGGAAUUGUUCUCUUCUGGUGAUAGUCCCCAUAAAGCUCUUAAAUUUGCUCUUAGAGCAGCGAAAUCAUUUGAGAAAUGUCUGAAUGACAAACCCAAUUUAGAUUUGGUUAUGAGUUUGCAUGUCAUAGCAGCAAUACACUGCAGCUUAGGCCAAUAUGGCCAAGCAAUUCCUGUUCUUGAGCGCUCAAUCAAAAUUCCAGUCAUGGAGGAGGGCCACGAUCAUGCCCUUGCUAAAUUUGCCGGGCACAUGCAACUGGGUGAUACAUAUGCAAUGGUAAGUCAGCUUCAGAAUUCCUUAAUGUGCUAUAGAGCAGGUUUAGAGAUUCAGAAGCAAGUCUUGGGUGAAGUGGAUCCAAGGGUUGGUGAGACUUGUCGCUAUUUGGCUGAAGCAUAUGUUCAAGCACUACAGUUUGAUGAGGCCGAGAAGCUGUGUCAGAUGGCUCUUGACAUCCACAGGGAGAAUGGUCAACCUGCUUCUCUUGAAGAGGCUGCAGACAGGAGGCUCAUGGGGCUUAUCUGUGAAACAAAACGUGACCAUGAAGCAGCCCUUGAGCAUCUUGUUUUGGCUAGCAUGACCAUGGUGGCCAAUGGUCAAGAAGCAGAGGUGGCUUCUGUUGAUUGCAGCAUUGGAGAUACCUAUUUAUCUUUGGCUCGGUAUGAUGAAGCUAUUUUUUCCUAUCAGAAAGCACUCACGAUGUUCAAGUCCACCAAAGGAGAGAAUCAUCCAGCUGUUGCUUCAGUCUUUGUUCGCCUGGCUGAUUUGCAUUACAGGAUAGGGAAAGUAAAAGAGUCUAAGUCUUACUGUGAGAAUGCCCUACGGAUUUAUGGAAAGCCCAUUCCAGGAAUCCCCCGAGAGGAGAUUGCUAGUGGUCUGACUGAUGUUUCUGCUAUCUAUGAGUCUUUGAAUGAGCCUGAGCAAGCACUCAAGUUGCUUCAGAAAGCUUUAAAGAUGUAUGCUGAUGCCCCUGGUCAGCAAAGCACGAUCGCAGGAAUUGAGGCCCAGAUGGGGGUCAUGUAUUAUAUGUUAGGGAAUUACUCUGAGUCUUACACCUCUUUCAAGAAUGCCGUUACAAAGCUCAGGGCAAGUGGAGAGAAGAAAUCAGCUUUCUUCGGGAUUGCCCUCAACCAAAUGGGACUGGCAUGCGUGCAGCGUUAUGCAAUAAAUGAGGCUGCAGAUCUGUUUGAAGAAGCAAGGAGUAUUUUGGAACAAGAAUAUGGACCACACCAUCCUGACACACUAGGAGUAUACAGCAAUCUUGCAGGAACUUAUGAUGCAAUGGGCAGGUUGGAUGAUGCAAUUGAGAUUCUGGAAUAUGUUGUUGGGAUGAGGGAGGAGAAGCUUGGGACAGCAAAUCCUGAUGUAGAUGAUGAGAAGAGAAGGCUGGCCGAGUUAUUAAAAGAAGCAGGCAGGUUCCGGAAUAGAAAAUCCAGAUCACUAGAAGCCCUCCUCGUAACCAACUCUCUUCCUAUAAAUGAAGAUGGCAUAAUGGUAUGAUUAUGCUGGUGAUGUAUGCAAGCAUGUAUGUAAAAUAGAAUAUUUAUAUAAGGUAUAUGGAUAUAAAAAAAAAAGAUUAGGUGAUGGGUUUGUUGAUUAGAUUCUUGUUGGGGUGGUUUAAUGGAAUAACAGGAGAGGGGAUUUUGGUUAUAUUUUUAAUUAUACCAUUCUUUAGAGUCAAUAGGUUGGUGUAUUUGUAUUCCAUUGAUUAAAGAACUGAGGGAAUUUGUUGGUCACAUUAUCAUUUGUAUUCAAUUAUUUGAAGGAAUAUACAAGAUUCCCUUUCAUUGUAUA